ACACCUAGCUGUUGGGCUGAAGAAGGAGCAGAAAAGAGAUCGCAUCAGCGUUCAGCAUCAUGGGGAAGUGCUGAUCAACUAAAAGAGCAGAUUGCCAAACUGAGGCAGCAGCUUCAGCGCAGUAAGCAGAGCAGUCGUCACAGUAAAGAGAAGGAACGUCAGUCACCUCUCCAUGGCAACCACAUAGCAAUCAGUCAGACUCAGGCUUCAAUUUCCAGAUCAGUCCCUAUGCCACUGUCAAACAUUUCAGUGCCAAAAUCAACUGUUUCACGUGUGCCAUGUAAUGUAGAAGGAAUAAGCCCUGAACUGGAAAAAGUAUUCAUUAAGGAGAACAGCGGAAAAGAAGAAGUAUCCAAGCCUUUGGAUAUCCCUGACGGCCGAAGGGCCCCGUUACCUGCUCACUAUCGUAGUAGUAGCACGCGAAGCAUCGACACGCAGACUCCGUCUGUCCAGGAGCGCAGCAGCAGCUGCAGCAGCCACUCACCGUGUGUCUCUCCCUUUUGCCCUCCUGAAUCUCAGGACGGGAGUCCUUGCUCGACAGAAGAUUUACUCUAUGACCGUGACAAAGACAGUGGGAGUAGCUCACCGUUGCCCAAGUAUGCCUCAUCUCCCAAACCAAACAACAGCUACAUGUUCAAACGAGAGCCCCCAGAGGGAUGUGAGCGAGUGAAGGUCUUUGAGGAAAUGUCGUCUCGGCAGCCUGUCUCAGCCCCUCUCUUUUCAUGCCCUGACAAAAACAAGGUUAAUUUCAUCCCAACCGGAUCAGCUUUCUGUCCUGUAAAACUCCUGGGCCCCCUCCUUCCUGCUUCAGACCUGACGCUCAAGAACUCUCCAAACUCUGGGCAAAGCGCAGCUCUGAGCACCCUGACUGUCGAGCAGCUUUCGUCUCGGGUCUCUUUCUCAUCUCUGUCAGACGACACCAGCACAACGGACUCCGCCGAGGUCCCGCUCCAGCAGCCGUCCGCGCCGCUCUUGCAAGAAAUUCAGACUGAAGAGCAUUCCUCUCCUCAGAGCUACGUGUUCAUCUAGACCCAGGCGGAGCAGGUCUCUGCCCUGAAACAAGGAUCGAGGAGAUCACGGUUCCGAAACGUCCGCGUGAGGUGGCAACAUGGAAUAAUUAGCAGCAUUCAGAAAAAAAAAUAAAUAUCUCAACACUGUUCUUGGCAGGGACGGGACUCGUAGUCAGCAUUUUUUGUGAGAAAGCGGUGAUGCCUGCAGAAUCCACACAUCAUUAAGCGUUUUAAGUGGAGACUAUGCAUUUCAUAGUAUGUUUGACCAGAUUAGUACUGUGUCCUGUGUUCUGUUUCAAAUUCUACAGUAUAAAUAAGCUCUAUAUAUAUAAAAGAAAAAAAAAGGUUGCCUGUCUGAAUAGAAAAUGUCUUGCUGUGUUGUGUCCUAUGGAAAAUACUGUACUUCAGGAUUAUGUUUACAAUUGAUCCAGGUGUUUAUGUUUCUAACUUCUGUUAAUACACACAAUGCAAAAAAAAAAAAAAA